AUGACUCACUGCAGUGGGCUGACCCACGAACAAGUGGCACAACCCACUCUGUCGAUACUGUUUCGGGAGUCAACCACAUGCAUGUGGUCAAUCAGGUGUUCGCUGCUUCCCUUCGAUGGUCACACACCCACCCCGGAAACGGAUGACGGUUCCAGCCCCUCCCUCAGUCUUCAGCCGCCUUUCACAUUUUAUGGAACUGCCUACAAUACUGCUUAUGUGAACAAUGAUGGCUCUGUGACAUUCCUUAAGGCCGAAACAUUUCAGAAUACGAUCGAUGACCCCGGAGACACUCCAGCAGUGUGCGCUCUUUGCUGUGACAUAGAUGUAUCCGGGGGUGGAACCGUCUAUUACGUCAUCAAUACCUCGCUAGCAUUACGACAAACUAUAGCAGAUGACGUCGACACAUUCCAGAUCACAAUGGCCACGGAUGGUGCGGCAUCAGUUGUGAUAUUGUUCUAUGAAAGAUUGGAAUGGGUUUAUGAUAAUUCUGAUUUUGCCGCAGUGUAUUACCGUACAGAACCUACUAUCCGUACACAGAGCGCGCUCAUGGCCGGGGAUGGGGUGAGGUCUUACCAACUGCCGGGAUCCAAAUCUGAUGAACUCAUCAACAUAACUCAACUGUCUAACGUUGGUGUUGCUGGCAAAUUCAUCUUCCGAGUUGACGAUAACAUCGUUCCCGUAUCCCUCCGUGCCACCACAAAACUGGACUUCAGUGUGGUAGCAUCAUCGCAGUAUGCUCCAGGCUACCACGUCUCCUCUGUCUGUGACAGAAACAGAAAUGUGCUUCUUGAGAGAUCAGGUAGUUAUAGAUACAACGUCAGUAACAGAGACAUCCACAUCAGAUACAUCAGAAACAGAGGCGUCCACGUCAGAUUCAACAUCAGUAACACAGACGUCCACGUCAGAUACAACGUCAGUAACAGAGGCCUCCUCGUCAGAUACAACAUCGAUAACAGAGAUCUCCACGUCAGAUACAACAUCAGUAACAGAGACUUCCACCCUAAAGACAACAUCGGUAACAGAUACCUCCUCGUCAGAUACUACAUCAGUAACAGAGACGUCCACGUCAGAUACAACGUCAGUAACAGAGACAUCCAUGUCAGAUACAGCAUCAGUAACAGAGAUCUCCACGUCAGAUUCAACAUCAGUAACAGAGACUUCCACCCCAGAGACAACAUCGGUAACAGAGACCUCUACGUCAGAUACAACAUCAACAACAUCAGUAACAGAGACCUCCACGUCAGAUACAACGUCAGUAACAGAGACAUCCACAUCAGAUACAUCAGAAACCGAGGCGUCCGCGUCAGAUUCAACAUCAGUAACACAGACGUCCACGUCAGAUACAACGUCAGUAACAGAGGCCUCCUCGUCAGAUACAACAUCGAUAACAGAGAUCUCCACGUCAGAUACAACAUCAGUAACAGAGACUUCCACCCUAAAGACAACAUCGGUAACAGAUACCUCCUCGUCAGAUACUACAUCAGUAACAGAGACGUCCACGUCAGAUACAACGUCAGUAACACAGACAUCCAUGUCAGAUACAGCAUCAGUAACAGAGAUCUCCACGUCAGAUUCAACAUCACUAACAGAGACUUCCACCCCAGAGACAACAUCGGUAACAAAGACCUCAACGUCAGAUACAACAUCAGUAACAGAGACAUCCACCCCAGAGACAACAUCGGUAACAGAGACCUCUACGUCAGAUACAACAUCAACAACAUCGGUAACAGAGACCUCUACGUCAGAUACUACAUCAGUAACAGAGACGUCCACGUCAGAUACAACGUCAGUAACAGAGACAUCCAUGUCAGAUACAGCAUCAGUAACAGAGAUCUCAACGUCAGAUUCAACAUCAGUAACAGAGACUUCCACCCCAGAGACAACAUCGGUAACAGAGACCUCUACGAUACAACAUCAGUAACAGAGACGUCCACGUCAGAUACAACAUCAGUAACAGAGACGUCCACGUCAGAUACAACGUCAGUAACAGAGACAUCCACGUCAGAUACAGCAUCGGUAACAGAGACUUCCACCCCAGAGACAACAUCAGUAACAGAGACCUCCACGUCAGAUACAACGUCAGUAACAGAGACAUCCACAUCAGAUACAUCAGAAACAGAGGCGUCCACGUCAGAUUCAACAUCAGUAACACAGACGUCCACGUCAGAUACAACGUCAGUAACAGAGGCCUCCUCGUCAGAUACAACAUCGAUAACAGAGAUCUCCACGUCAGAUACAACAUCAGUAACAGAGACUUCCACCCUAAAGACAACAUCGGUAACAGAUACCUCCUCGUCAGAUACUACAUCAGUAACAGAGACGUCCACGUCAGAUACAACGUCAGUAACAGAGACAUCCAUGUCAGAUACAGCAUCAGUAACAGAGAUCUCCACGUCAGAUUCAACAUCAGUAACAGAGACUUCCACCCCAGAGACAACAUCGGUAACAAAGACCUCAACGUCAGAUACAACAUCAGUAGCAGAGACAUCCACCCCAGAGACAACAUCGGUAACAGAGACCUCUACGUCAGAUACAACAUCAGUAACACAGACGUCCACGUCAGAUACAACGUCAGUAACAGAGGCCUCCUCGUCAGAUACAACAUCGAUAACAGAGAUCUCCACGUCAGAUACAACAUCAGUAACAGAGACUUCCACCCUAAAUACAACAUCGGAAUCAGAGACAUCCACGUCAGAUACAACAUCAGUAACAGAGACGUCCAUGUCAGAUACAACAUCAGUAACAGAGACGUCCACGUCAGAUACAACAUCAGUAACAGAGACAUCCACGUCAGAUACAACGUCAGUAACAGAGACAUCCACGUCAGAUACAGCAUCGGUAACAGAGAUCUCCACGUCAGAUUCAACAUCAGUAACAGAGACUUCAGACAACAUCGGCAACAGAGACCUCAACGUCAGCUACAACAUCAGUAACAGAGACUUCCAUCCCAGAGACAACAUCGGUAACAGAGACCUCAACGUCAGAUACAACAUCAGUAACAGAGACGUCCACCCCAGAGACAACAUCAGUACCAGAGACGUCCACGUCAGAUACAACAUCACAUCAGUAACACAGACGUCCACGUCAGAUACAACGUCAGUAACAGAGGCCUCCUCGUCAGAUACAACAUCGAUAACAGAGGUCUACACGUCAGAUACAACAUCAGUAACCGAGACUUCCACCCUAAAUACAACAUCGGUAACAGAGACCUCCACGUCAGGUACAGCAUCAGUAACAGAGACUUCCACCCUAAAUACAACAUCGGAAACAGAGACCUCCACGUCAGAUACAACAUCAGUAACAGAGACCUCCACGGCAACAUCGGUAACAGACACCUCCACGCCAGAUACAUCUGCAAUAGAGACCUCCACGCCAGAUACAACAUCACUAACAGAUACCUCCACAUCAGACACAACAUCAGUAACAGAGGCCACGUCAGAUACAUCUGGAACUAGCACUUCCAUGUUAGAGACAAUAUCGAUAACAGAGAAGUCCACGUCAGAUAGAACAUCAAUAACAGAGACCUCCACGCCAGAUACCACUUCAGGAAGAGAGAUUUCCACGUCAGAUACAACAUCGGUAACAGAGAUGACCACAUCAGAUACAUCUGUAACAGAGGCCUCAACGUCAGAUGCAACAUCAGAAACAGAGACCACCGUGUCAGAUGCAACAUCAGUAACAGAGACCUCUACGUCAGAUGCAACAGUUACAGACACCUCAAUGUCAGAUGCAACAUCAGUAACAGAGACCACAGCGUCAGAUGCAACUUCAGUAACAGAGACAUCCACGUCAAAUACAACAUCGGUAACAGUGACCUCCACGUCAGAUACAACGUCAGUAACAGAGACAUCCACUUCAGACACAUCAGAAACAGAGGCGUCCACGUCAGAUGCAACAUCUGUAACAGAGACCUCAACAUCAGAUACAACAUCGAUAACAGGGACCUCUACGUCAGAUACGACAUCGGCAACAGAGGCGUCCACGUCAGAUACAUCUGAAACAGACAUUUCCACGUUAAAGACAACAUCAGUAACAGAGACCUCCACGUCAGAUGCAACAUCAGUAACAGAGACCUCCACGUCAUAUGCAACUUCAGUAACAGAGACCUCUACGUCAGAUACGACAUCGGCAACAGAGCUGUCCACAGACAACAUCGGUAACAGAGACAUCCACGACAGAUACAACAUCGAUAACAGAGACCUCCACGUCAAAUGCAACUUCAGUAAAAGAGACCUCUACGUCAGAUACGACAUCGAUAACAGAGACGUCCACAUCAGAUACAACAUCGGUAACAGAGACUUCCACGCCAGAUGCAACUUCAGUAACAGAGACCUCUACGUCAGAUACGACAUCGGUUACAGAGACUUCCACGCCAGAUGCAACUUCAACAACAUCGGAAACAGAGACAUCCACGUCAGAUACAACAUCAAUAACAGACACUUCCACGUCAGAUACAACAUCGGUAACAGAGACCUCUACGCCAGAUACAUCUACAAUAGAGACCUCAACGUCACAUACGACGUCGGUAAUACAAAUGUCCACGUCAGAUACAACAUUGAAAACAGAUACCCCCACGUCAGAUAUAACAUCAGUAGCAGAAACGUCAACGUCAGAUAUAACAUCAGUAACAGAAACGUCAACGUCAGAUAUGACAUCAGUAACAGAAACGUUAACGUCAUAUACAUCUGCAACAGAGACUUCCACGUUAGAGACAACAUCGGUAACAGAGGCAUCCACGUCCGAUACAACAUCGGUAACAGAUACCUCUACACCAGAUACAACAUCGGUUAG